CAUGUAUUUUUGGGAGCCCUUUUGUGGAAAUUUCCUAGUCCUUAUGAAACUAAUAGACCCAUUCAAAAUUAGCUGAUUGUGAUUUUGUAUUUUGCUGCAUUCCUAAGUAUACUUUUUGUAAAAAUUCUGUUGCUCAGUAAAAUAGAGAAUUGGUUAGAUAGGUGUCACUCUUCUCAGUAUUCAAAGAUGCAGGGAAAGUUUGAGGAGGACAAGGACAUGAACACUAACACACAUAUGUGGAUUUAUGUGUAUACAUAGAAUCCUACACAGUCAGCUACACGCAAAAAGGAUAAUAGUAAAAAUGUAAUGUAGUUAAUUGAUGUAUGAAUAUAUAUAUUUAUAUAAUUGAGAGAAAAUGAAAUGAAUUGUACCCUUUGAUCUAGGCUUUUACUUUUUUCUCUUUAGCAUCUUUCUAAUGUAAAAAUGUCAGACUAUUCUUUUUCCACAUGUAACAUCUGUUUUAUGAAGUGCAGAAAUAUUUAUUUUAUGUCCAUUUUGGCUUUUGUGCAGGUUUUCCAUAAAAGGGCCACCAUUUGUAUGUUUUUAAUGUCAUUAAUGUAAUUAAAAUAUUAGAUGUUCCUUAUAUGUUCCUGAAUGCUGACUUUUUGUGCAUCCUCAACGAAUGUUUGGUGACCCUUGGCUGUCUUCUAACAGGGCAUUGUCAGUAUGGGGGCAGAGGAGAAAGGACUCCCAGCGGCUGCCAUCAUCAGCACUGCAGUGGCAACUCCUGUUACAUCAUCAGUGCUGCAGACUUCACAAAUUCCUGCGAUGCUCAUGGCUACACCAACACCUGGUAUUAUUGCACCAACACCCAUGUCUGGUGAAGUCCUAUCCACUCCACCUGUUGCAGUUGAUGUUGGUUUGCCAGUUGCAGCAGAUGAGUUGCAGAACUUUCCACCUGGCUUCCAGCCCAGUUUCCAGCCUGGUUUCCAGCCUGGUUUUCAACCUGGUUUCCAACCUGGCUUUCAGCCUGGAUUCCAGCCUGGUUUUCAGCCUGGCUUCCAGGCUGUCCCUCAGGGCACUCUGGAUCCAGCCAUGAUGCAGCAGAUGGCAGCACUGCCCCCAGAUAUGACCUCUGCAGCUACAGCUGUUGGGGUGUUGCCAGGAAUGGGUCUUCAAGUAGGAGAAUCAGGUCAUGUUACAGUGUGUCCAGCAUCUGGACUUCCUGUGGGUGUUUCUGCACCCAUGUGUAUGCCAACACAGGUGGGACUUGCACCUGAGGAUUCAUCUGCCAUGGCUUCUGCAAUACCUCCUGGGGUAGGUAUGUCUGGAGCGGCUCUUGGAUUGCCCACAGAAGUGAGAUUAGUGGCUGUUCCAAACCCAGAGCAGCGCAGCAAGAUGGAUUUGAAUGCACUAAGAGAACAACUGCAAAAGCUUGUUCCAGGUGCACAUGUUACCCUCACUCAUGAGCCACAGGAAACUGUUAGUAGUGGAUCCUCUGGAAUGGAAGGCAUGAGACAAGAGUAUACGCAGUCCCAAUCUCAACCUUCAGUAGCAAUUCCUCUAACUGUUAUGGACUCUUCAAGAGCUGAUGGCAUGUCAGGGACGCAAGCACAGGGCCUUGAAACGCCAGCAGGGGUGUCUGUGGCUCCCAGUAUGAUGCUUCCACAGACAGUGAGAUUACCAUCGGGUGAAACGGUCGCCUUAAUGACACCAGUCAUGAUGGAGUCUGGUGUACCACAGCCACAUGUGUACCCAGCAGUGGUACCACUCCUAGAUGGCACUCCAACCCCAGCUCAGGCCACUUUAGGGCCAGGUGGGGAAACCUAUGCCUGGAGAUCAGCUGUGGCAUCUCCCGUCCCCCUCCAGGGCCACGUGAGCCUUUCCAGGACACCCUCACUCAAAGACUCAGAGGGAGACUCCAAGUCAGACCCUGGUGACAGUAGACAGACCAGAAUUGCACGGUUUCAAGUCACAAAGGUGGUCGAGGAUGCUGUAAGAAGGGCUUCUGACACGUCGACAUGCAGCACCCCAGUCAGCUCCCCAGUUCGUCGCACCGGUCGGUUUGCCAUCACGAAAGUGGCAGAGUCGGCAGGAUCUGGCAGUGGCACUCCUGUAGGUUCAGGCCCUGGCCUUGCUGGGUCUCAAGCACACUUGCCUGCGCAUGCAGAUUCUCUGGGAGGGACACCUUCAGACCCCCCCUCUGCCGGGCCCUCAGCCCCUCCAUCCAUGACCUCCUCCUUUGUCUCUGAGGACACAUCAGCUACAACACCUGCCACACCCGCUGCUGAGGGAGAUGCCUUUAGUCAACAGCCUUCAGUAACAAAUGACUCUAGCGAGGACCACAUACCAACUCUGGGGGAUAGUCAAGGCAGUGUAGUUGUUACUAGACCCCCUGGCGAUAGCUGGCAGCCCCAGUCCCAGCCCUCACCUUCCUACCCCGACCCCCAGCAGGCAUGUGGGGCGCAGGGCAUUGCUGUCCCUCCCCACCCAACCCCUCCGCUUUCACAGGCUUCCCCUAAACCCCCCCUUUCACAGACUCCCACCAGGGAUAGCCACAGCUUACCUAGACCCAAGACAAGCAGUCAUUCUGCAAAGAUACAGACAUUCAGAAAGACCAGGAGCCUGAAACUAGACAUUCCUGAGCCUCUGCCUUCCAGUAGCACAAACACACCAGACCCUUGCUUCAAAGAGGUCCCUCCAAUAUGCAUCACUCCUGCAGCUUCUAAUGACCAUACUUCAUCUCAUUUGAAAGAAAAGCCAUCAAGUACUGGCUGUGAGAAGCGAUCGGAUAAGAAAGUAGCUCUGCCCAAGACGCCAAAUGUUGUCAAGAGCAAAUCUGGUCCAUGGAAGUUUUCAGUAAGUACAUCUUAUGAUGCAGAUACAGAGGAGCUUGCAGAAAUGGCAGUUAGAAGAGAUUCCUCUGAGUGUCGUAGAGGUUCAUCUGAGUAUGGGUAUGCAGCUGUGUGCUGCAAGAGUGUUGAAGUACAGACUGAAUGUUCAGAAGGUCAAGGAUGUCAGAGCUCAGUUUCACCAGCACAGACCUCCCCAAGUGUUACAACUUGUUCAAAACAAAAGCCUGUGAAAGGCCAGACCAACCUGAUUCCUCCACCAGUCCCUCCAAGAAUUCGACCCUUAAAACCUGCCUUGAAGAAGACAGAAAGCAUUAAUUGGCUAGAUCGCAGCAGCAGUAUCAUUGACUUGAGGAAUCUAUUUGAAGAAGUCAAGCAAUCAAGAGAAAUGUUGCAGAAGUCUCGUGAGUCACUAAACCGCUCUGGGGAAAGGCAGUCCCUUAGUGUUUAUAGCCCUUUAUCACGUACCAAAAGUGUAAGUAACAUGCAUCAUGUGGGCUUAACAGCAGCUCGGGAUUCUGGACUGUCUCAUUCUUCUUGGGAGCUUAGUGAGGCACGUGCUUCAACUCCUCUCCUUCAUCCUCUUAGGACAGUGAGCAGUGUCAGCUUUACAGAGGAUGGACAGUUUGGGAUGCAUUCACCAGGUCAGUCCUUAAAACAAAGUCCAGCUGUGAGGAGAUUAACAAAGAAGAGCCAUCACCAUGGUGUACAUCAAGAAACUGUAUAUCAUACAGUGCACACAUCAUCCCAUACAUCGCCAGCUCCACGUAUUAGACCUCAGCAGACUGAAACGCUGCAUACUCCUGCAUUCCAAGAUGAUGUGUACUAUACCAUUCAAGGAGGAACAGGUGUGACACAACACUUCCAGUUAGAAGAGCAUCGACCCUGGUACAGGAUUAGACCUCGUUCAAGGACCCACUCAAAGAACUACUACCCAACGUCGAGCUCUAGCAGUGAAGAAGGAUUUGCAGAAGAUGAUUCCCUCUAUGAACCUCUUCGGGAGUCACCAACUAUGACAUCACCAGAGGCAUAUAAUCCUCAAUUUGCAUAUGAGGUCCCAUAUCCUUCCCAGCCAUCGCCCAGAUUCGCUAGCCAGCUGUCUCAUUCACCUCCGCAUACUUUCCAUUACCCUCUGUCUCCCAGGAGUUCUUUGCAUUGUCAGUCACCAAAGUCUCAAGGCCAACCUGCUCAUUCACAGCACUACUUUUGCCAGAGUCCUCAGCAUUCCCCACAGUCCCCCCCUUGUCCUGUGCAGUCGCCACCACACUAUCCUUCCCAGCCCUACAAUUACCCACCGACCUGCAUGACCCUUAGCUAUCCCCAAUCUCCCAGUAGCCGAGCGUGGCCCCCGUCCUCAGCCCAGCUUGACAUGGGCCACUCACACUCGUGGACCGAGGACGAAGAACUGGAAACGGUGAGGCAUGAUCUGGAAGAUUUCUCAGAAGAUGAUGACAGUUUUCAGCAGCUUCUUUACAAGCAAGAGCACGAGGAAGCUGAGCUCCGACGUCGCCACCAGCAAGAACGGGAAGCCUACAAAGUCCAGCGCCUACAACGAAGCCAGAAUAGUAGACGACCUCAGUCUCUACGCCUGGCUUCGUCUCCGGGCCCCCCCACGCCAGGCACGACCCCAACGUCGCCACACUCCCAGUCAGACUCAAAGCAGUCAGAGAAAUGUGAUAUCCCAGUUGGUGCUAAUGGUGAUGCAGCCAUUGCAUCCGAUCAUUCUGUGGAUACCUCCAGUAGUGGCACAACGUCAGGAAAGAAAGGGCGUACAAUCUCAGAGGAUAUGUUAGAGUUGGUUCAGAACCUGAGCGGCCCUCGACAGGCACAGCGGCCGUCCCAGGGCAAGAUGACCCUCAACCAGAUGAUGGCCCAGCAGAAAGCCACAGCAUCAUUACAGCAUCCAGGGCAGAGACCAGUUUAUCCCACAGUGGGAUAUGCUACUGCACCCUUUCAUGGCCACAUAUUCCCCACAUUUCAUACAUUCCCCUACCCGUAUCAGAAGCUGUCCGAUGGCUCAAUAGUGGCUGUGUCCCAAGUAGAUGAUGUUUCUGGAACUCCCCCUAGUACUAGUAGUACCAGCAGUAGCGGCAGUAACAUGCCAUUACAGCAACAACCCUCACAACAGCCACCUGCCACAAGUGCCUCAUGGGUACAGUGGCAACAGCAGUAGGUGUGGCCAACAUUCCAAGCUCCCUCUCAGGGACAGGAACCUGCAUCUGUGAUCCUCUAAUUUUGUACUCCCACAUAUGGAGAUGAGCUCAGCAACGGCAGUGGAAGCAACAUGGUCCUGGCAGUCCAGCAGAAGUUAACCAUAGAAUAUUUUGUGUCUCAUCCAUUGAAUGAUAUGGGUCUUACUAUUGUCCAUUUGAAGAACUUUACAAGUGAUUUACAGCUGACAAGGGGCAGCAGUGUUUCCAGUGCUAGUUGACGAGUUUCAAACUAGUCAUCAAAUAGAAGGGAUGAAAAUGGAAAUUUCUAAUGUUUGUUUGCAUCAGAAAUAAUUUGAUUUUGUACCUCAGUCAUCCAUUCUGUUCUUUUUAGAUAUGACUAGAUGUAUUGUUUACUAUAGUGAUCCUUUUUUUUUAUUAUAUUACUGUUCCAUGACGUAUGAGAACAAAUGUAUCUUUUAGGUGAAUUGAUCAAUCAUGUUGAAACACUCCUCUCUGUUCAGUGGUUGUAGAUUGAACAAGGGAUAAACAGUGUAUAGUUUGUUUU